CGGGCCGCGCGUCAGAUCUGGCUGCCCAGCUGCAGCCGUUGGCCGCCGCCGCCGCCGUGGACCGCGCUGGCCCUGCGCGCCGGCCCGGGCAGCCCCCGCGGGACGCAGAAGAGGCCGCGGCGGCCGGGCGGACGUGCAGCCCCGAGCCGUGGGCCGGGCCCGCGGGCAUGUCGGAGGCGCGGAAGGGGCCGGACGAGGCGGACGAGAGCCAGUACGACUCGGGCAUCGAGUCCCUGCGCUCCCUGCGCUCGCUGCCCGAGCCCCCCGGGCCGUGCCCCCCGCCGCGGGGCCCCGUCGAGGAGCCGCAGGGCGAGCGGCCGGACCCCGCCCCCGGCCCCGCGCCGCGCCCCGACGCCCGGCCUUUGUCGGGGAGCCCCGGCCCGGAGCCCCCCGCCGGAGCCCUGAGCCCCCAGCAGCUGGAAGCGCUCACUUACAUCUCCGAGGACGGGGACACGCUGGUCCACUUGGCGGUGAUUCAUGAGGCCCCAGCUGUGCUGCUCUGUUGCCUGGCGCUGCUGCCCCAGGAGGUCCUGGACAUUCAGAACAACCUCUACCAGACAGCGCUCCAUCUAGCUGUACAUCUGGACCAGCCGAGUGCUGUUCGGGCCCUGGUGCUGAAGGGGGCCAGCCGGGCGCUCCAGGAUCGGCGUGGGGACACAGCCCUGCAUGUGGCCUGCCAGCGCCAGCACCUGGAUUGUGCCCGCUGCCUUCUGGAGGCACGACCAGAGCCAGGCAGAGGACCCCCCCACUCUCUGGACCUCCAGCUGCAAAACUGGCAAGGUCUGGCCUGUCUCCAUAUCGCCACCUUGCAGAGGAAUCGCAGGCUGAUGGAACUGCUGCUGGGGAACGGAGCUGACAUCGACGCGCAGGAGGGCACGAGUGGAAAGACAGCCUUGCACCUGGCCGUGGAGACGCAGGAGCGGGGCUUGGUACAGUUCCUGCUCCAGGCCGGCGCCCGGGUGGACGCCCGCAUGCUCAACGGGUGCACGCCCCUGCACCUGGCGGCCGGCCGCGGCCUCAGCAGCAUCGCGUCCACCCUGUGCGAGGCCGGGGCCGACUCCCUGCUGCGGAACGUGGAGGACGAGACGCCGCAGGACCUGGCGGAGGACCCUCUUGCUCUUUUGCCCUUCGAUGACCUGAAGAUCUCCGGAAAGCCACUGCGGUGCAGCAACUGAAGCCAGGCAGGCUCUGCCUUGCUCCCCCGAAAGCC